AUGCCCACGACGAACUUUGCCACCCCUGAGAAAUACCAAUACCUCAAUGGCUUUGGUUCAUUCCACGAAUCAGAAGCCGUCGCCGAUGCGUUGCCCAUCGGUGCCAAUUCACCCCAAAAGCCACCACAUGGUUUGUACGCGGAAAAGCUAUCGGGAACGGCAUUUACGGCGCCACGCCAAGAAAGCCUCCAAAGUUGGCUGUAUCGCAUCCUCCCCUCAGCCGCACACUCCACUUUUGAGCCUCUAGAUGGGCCCGCAAGUGCUCAACUGAGGGAGCCCCUGAAUUUUGUCCCUAAUCAGCUUCGAUGGGAUCCGUUUGAUGUCGAAAACGACGUGGACUGGGUCCGUGGCUUGAGGCUGGUGGCGGGAGCCGGGGAUCCAACAGUCAAGACGGGCCUCGGCAUUUACAUCUUCACCGCUGGUCGCGACAUGGACCGAUCCACGGCAAUUUAUUCUUCGGACGGAGAAAUGCUGGUCGUCGCUCAGCAAGGCGUCCUUGACAUUCAAACCGAGCUUGGGAACCUCCUGGUCAGACCCAACGAAAUCGUCGUCCUCCCUCGCGGAAUCAAAUACCGGGGACACUUUACCCUGCCAGAGCUCGGCCCGAUUGGUUCCAACUGUUUAGCUAACCAGAGAGACUUUCAAGUACCAACCGCUUGCUUUGAAGAGGACACCAACACUAGUUGGUCGAUUGUCAACAAGUAUAAUGGACAAUUGUUCACCGCUAAGCAGAAUCACACACCAUUCGACGUGGUAGCUUGGCACGACUACCCGUAUAAGUACGACCUAGGACGCUUUUCUGUGAUUGGAAGCGUUUCUUUCGAUCACCCUGACCCUUCGAUUUACACGGUAUUGACCGGGCCGUCUGAUCAUCCAGGCACCGCCGUCGCCGACUUUGUCAUUUUUCCUCCCAGGUGGCUUGUUCAGGAAGACACAUUCAGGCCCCCUUGGUACCAUCGCAACGCAAUGUCCGAGUUUAUGGGACUUGUGUGCGGUGAAUACGACGCGAAGGCCGGCGGAGGCUUCCGUGCAGGCGGUGCUAGUCUGCAUAACGUGAUGAGCGCUCACGGUCCUGAUGCGCGCACGUUUAAAAUUGCAAGCAAUGCCGAGCUGCAGCCCCAAAAGAUUGGCGAGGGGAGCAUGGCAUUCAUGUUUGAGAGUUGCCUGAUGCUUGGACUCACCAAAUGGGGCCUCGAAACGUGUUGCAAGGUGCAGACAGAAUAUAAUCAGGACAGCUGGUCAGAGCUACGCCCGCACUUCAAACGCCCCUGA